AUGAUUCUGGCGAACCUUUAUGAAUCUCUGAGUGAGAGCGUACAUCUUUUGAAAAACACCAAAACCCAAGCCGUGAGGAUUCCUGCCAAGAAAACUUCUGUUGAAACAUCACCAAGUGCUGCUAAGAAACAUUCGACGAAGGUAAGUCGAAAACCCCCAACAGUCCAAAAGAGAAAGAGUGAAGAGGAGAAAGAAAAGGAUAAUGUUCCUAAUGAAGAAUCUGGUGACGAAUCUCCAGAGCUAAUCCCCCCUCCUCCUCAGAAGAAGAAACUCACCAAGGGACAAGUGGCUGUCGAAAGAACACCUGAGAAAAUUCUGGAGGAAACAGUCCCAGAAGAAGAUAUCCCCACCAGUGAUCAUGACAUGCAAACUGUAGAAGAAUUCGACGCUAUAGUGGGUGAAGCUUCUGAAGAUGAAUCUCCUCCUCAUCCAGGAUUAGAUGCUGCAAAUCAGGGUGAUGAUACUGACAUGGAAGCUGGGGUCGAAGAUGAUCAUGAAGACGAAAUUGCCCAAGAUGGGGGAGACCAGUCGAAACAAAUGGAGGCUGAGCAAACUUUAGAGUGA